GUUACAAGAACCGUGUCGGCCAGUGUAACCGCCCCUUAAUAAAUCCUUGACACAUCAAUUCCAACAUUGGCAUAACUCAUAAAAGUAGACGAAAAGCACGAAGUGAAUUCCGAGAAUUUCAUUAUAGCCGAACACAGGUCCCAUUACCAAGCGAAACACCCCAACAUGAAAAGAAACCAUGACAACCGACAAUAAUCAAGGAUCGUCGACCCUCGGAAAAACCGUCGCAAAAACGAGUGGCCCGCGAAUUGGGUUACAUGUAUAGGAAAAAUCAAAACAUCUCUUUCACAACUCCCUCCCGGCGCGGCCGUCCAUCCCGAAAAAUGAAGAAUAGAAGCGACCCCCCGAAGUCAAGGAGAUCGGAAUCAAUAAAUAAAUGACGGAAGCAUGUGAACCACGUUUCAGUUAAAGUUUCGAAAGCGAGCAGUAGACAACUUCAAUUGGCGUGUGCGCGCGUGGUUUCAAAGCGCGGUAAUCAUGUCUUCCGCCAAAAACAAACUUGCCCACCGUCAGGCCUCCCUAACUUUCGAUUCUACAACGAUAAACGUCAGGAGAAAGAGUUUGGUGAAACAGAACUCCGAAGAUUUGGGCAUGCUGAACAGCGACUUUAGGAUAACCGUGAACAGUAAGAUCGGGACGCAACAGAAGAAUUUCCCGCCUCCUAAGAUAGCGUGGGAAGACGAUGGUAGAGUUCAAGAACCUAUAAUCGCGAAGAGAUGUCCGGAAAACCGAAAACCUCCAAGAUCCCUUAAACGACAAAGCUCUAUGGACCAGGAUUCCAUCCUCUCCUGUAAGGAAGACAUAAUAAACAAACUACGUUUGCUGUUGAAAGACGAAAAGGAAAUCCCCGAAAAGCAAAACAUCAACAUUUUCUUAAAUCAAAAUCCUAAACAUCAUAAACACGAUGAAAGUAACCAGUUCUUUGAAGAUCCACCUACGAAACAAGAAGCCUCAAAGGUUAAGUAUAACUCUGAAAGCACCUCCGUUCCCAGUCUGUUCCAAUUCAGAAAUAAUCCAUUGAAAAAACUCGAGCCCAAAAAAUAUCCUCACGAUCACCAUCAAGAUAAACCUAAAGACCCGCCGAAUAUAAUUGUACCGCAAAUCUUAGAAGAAGAACCAAAACCCGAAACUAAACCUUCGAUAACAGAUAACUCCCAACCGAUUAACAACAUAAUAAUAAGACCAUCAACUGCCAAAUCGAGACGAGAGAUGUUCGGUCAGAGGACAAAUUCAGCUUUUCAUUCUGUAGUUGCCAGGGAAGGAAGCAAUCAGAGGCCUCCGCUCCAACGUAGUUCUUCAGCACCGAUUCGACCGGAACAUGCGAAAUCUAAAUUUUUGGCUACGAAGAGAAAACUCAAAACCGUCAAGAAAAAGGACGCGAAAUCGUCGAAGAAAAAUGGCAAUGACAAUUCCUUAAAUAUGGACUGCACGAAUAUAAACAAUUCAACAGCGAAAAAUGGAGCAGAUAUAAUAACAAUGGUUUCCUUGGUGAGUCCAGCUUCCAGCGACAUCGAAGAAAUAUCAGAAAUUCAGGAAGAAGAGUGUAAAAGUAGAACGAGUUCUCCAAAAAAAAUUCUUUCAAAUGCAAGAAAAGAAGAAAUUGUCCAUAAAACACCAUCACUGAGAAGGAUAGUAAAGCAAGUUUCUUUUCAACAAUCGAGCAUCCAUGCUAUCAGGAGCUUUUCAGCUGGGUUUCCCGGUAGGAAGAAUUCGAUGGUCACGUCAAUGAUGUUGGGAGGCAGUCUCAAGAGGGCUAGUACGGUCCAUAAGAAACCGGAGAAGGGGAUCACGAAUACGUCGACGUCUGAUGAUGAAGAAAGGGUGCCAAAACGUCGGCUGCUGAGGAGUCAGUCGGCGCAUAUGGAAGUAGUUGGUUUAGAAGAUGAUGAGCAAGAAAAGAAGAAGAUUUCAGAACAUGAAGAUCGUCUAGAAGGUCCAACCGAGGUUUGCAACAUACCAGCAAAUAAAGAAGAGGAAACGGUCAAAAUUUAUGACCUGGAAGAAAUUGAAACUACUAGUCCUCCAGAACCGAAAGCCAUUGAGCAAAAUUCGGCUAACACCGAAAGUCAAGACGGUCAGCAGUUUUUCACACCAAAAGAGAAGGAGUGUUGGACUUUGUAUCAGAAAAUGAGUGGCAAGGGUGUUAACGUCAAUUAUGAUACUCUUCUGAGAGGAAUGUUAACACCAACAGAAUACAGAAAUAGAAGACAGAGUUUAGCAGCUAUGGCAAGCCUAGCUGAAGAGUCAGAAGAAUCGGUGGAUAAAGUAGAAGCGCCAAAUUAGUUCAUAAAGUGGAUGAAAUUAAACUCGGAAAAAAAAUUAAUAGAAUUGAGAUAUUGCGAUGAUGAGUUAGGUAUCAUGAAAGUUUCUGGCUGCAGUGGUAGAUAGACAGGUACUUGUGAGAAUUCAGUAGAAUAAUGAAUUUGGGGUAGCACACAUAUUCGAUGAAAAAAAUUAAGGCAAAAAUUUCAUGCCAUUGUUCAUUUCAAUAUAAUGCGUAGAUAUUCUCAUCAUAGAAUUUUCAAACAGAGAAACAAGACGCAUUUGAAUAUUUGUUUGAUUCACAAUUAUGGCAAUGGAAAUACAAAUGAUUUUUUUUUUCAAAUUGACCUGAAAUGGUCUGAAAGAAAAUUUGUUCAAGUUAAGCAAGAUUUGUAAAAUGCGGUACACCUAAGUUCUACUUAUGGCUCAAAUUUUUAUAAUUUUGAUAUUCCUUGAAACUCAGACAAUGCUAGAAUUAGUACUGACAAAAUUACUUUUUUAUGUAUUGGAAAGGCGAAACCAUAUUUGCAUGUAUACUUCUGUAA